UCCAUAAUGGCUCCAAAAAAUGUGCUCAUCACAGGCUGUUCUUCAGGAAUUGGGCUAGCACUGGCUGUAAAAAUGGCCUCAGAUGAACAGAAAAGAUUCAAAGUAUAUGCUACAAUGCGAGACCUGGCUAAAAAGGACAAACUUGCAGAAGCUGCAGGCAGCACUAUGAGAAACACCUUGGAAAUUAAACAAUUGGAUGUUUGUAAUGAAGAAUCUAUUAAAAAGUGCAUCAGUAGCAUCCCUGGAAGGAUUGAUAUCCUAGUUAGUAAUGCUGGCAUGGGACUCAUUGGACCUAUUGAAUGCCAAACCAUCGAAGAGAUGCAAAAUGUGAUGGAUACAAACUUCUUUGGGUUGGUUCGACUGCUGAAGGAGGUCUUACCUGACAUGAAGAAGAGAAAGAGUGGUCAUAUAGUUGUUAUUAGCAGUGUCAUGGGAAUACAAGGCAUUUUGUUCAAUGAUGUCUAUGCCGCGUCUAAAUUUGCAGUGGAAGGAUUCUGUGAAAGUUUAGCCAUACAAGCACUCAAGUUUAAACUUCACCUAACUCUGAUUGAACCAGGCCCAGUAGUUACAGAGUUUGAAAGGAAGGUUUUUGAAGAUGGAAUGAAAAUGGAUCUUUCAGCUGCAGAUGAGGAAACAGCAGACAUGUUUGUAAAUAUUUACCUGAAAAAUUAUAAGCAAAUUUUCCAAACUCUAGGACAAACUGCUGAAGACAUUGCAGAGCACACAGUAAAGAUAAUUCUGGCAGAAAAUCCACCUUUUCGUCACCAGACCAACACUUUAUACACUCCAAUGACGACGCUGAAAUAUGCUGACCCAAAUGGAGACCUGCCUAUCGAUACAUUCUACAAAAUGGUUUUUCAGCAUGAUAAGAUUUUCAGCGCAAGUCUUAACUUCAUUAAACUGCUGAGAUGGAAAAGCAGAAAGAGCUUUGACUUAGGAGGCACAUCUUCUCAAUGA